AUGGCCGCCUUUACACCCGCCCUCAUCGUCGUCGAUCUCCAAGAAGACUUUUGCCCUCCCAACGGUUCCCUCGCCGCCCAAGACGGCCGCUCCAUCACCCCCCUCAUCAACACCCUCCUCCGUCUCCCCUUUGCCCUCAAAAUCGCCACUCGCGACUGGCAUCCCCCCAACCACGUCUCCUUUGCCGCCACCCACCGGAACUCUUCCCCCUACACCUCGACCUACACAAUCACCCACCCUUCCUCCUCGUCCAGUGUCCCGCAGCAGUACACCACGACGCUCUGGCCGACGCACUGCGUCGCGCACACCCCCGGCGCCCAGCUGAUCCCCGAGCUCGACGCCGCGCGUCUGCACCGCGUACUCGACAAGGGCACGCGCGCGGACCGCGAAAUGUACUCCGCCUUUUGGGAUCCGUUUGGUGAGUCGGACAGCGGGCUGGCGGGGUUGCUGCGGGACGCGGGCGUGACGGAUGUGUACGUAGUCGGGUUGGCGUUCGAUUACUGCGUGCGGGCGACGGCGGAACACGCCGCCGAGGCAGGAUUCACAACGGUGGUGGUAGAGGAUGCGACAAAGGCCGUGUUUCCGGAUAAGUGGAAUAACGUCGUGGCCGAGCUUCAAAGUAAAGGCGUCCAUGUGGUCUCGUCUACGUCAUCAGAGGUGCAAAAAGUAGAGUCUUUGUUUACAUCGAGAUAG